UAUACCACCUUUCCAUGCACUUUGUUGGAAUACGUCACCGGAGCAACCAGAGAUUAAAUUAUUCCUUUAAAUUGUGGGGGGGAAACGAUAAAAUUGAGGCGCUCAGUGGCGAUUUAUGUUUGUCGACUACUUCCAAAAAUUAUCCAGACAUUAGUAGUUGAUAAAAGAUCACCGUAGUUCCAUUCGUUGGAAAAACGUUGUUUAGAGUGUUAACGGGUGUUUUCUGGACAUAUAUACAUUGUAUUAUGGUUUUCUGCUGUUAUACUAUUGUAGUUGUGUUUAUUGUUUCAAAUUCUAGAAUGGAUUAAAAACAAAGCAUCGAGUAGUCUGAGUGUUAUUAGUUAUGGCUUGUGUUACGUCAUCAUCCCGCGACUAUUGGUAAAAUACACGCAGUCGGAACACGUCUUAAAUAUAUUAUCAUCCCAGAAAGGGAUUUAAAUUCUAAAUGGGCCCAGCAGAUCACAAAACAAAGAAAAGUAACGUUCCACCGAAAGACGUCAACUGGAGGAAGCCACAAAAACAAAAUGCCGGCGUCAAAAAGAGGAAAUGGGUUCCGGAAAACAAAUUUUUCCAAGGAAGUGUUAAAGAAGGUCAAGGUUUUGCUUUUAAACGGAAGGAGAAACUCAAGCACGACUACAACAAGCUUAUGCGAAAGGAAAAGAAGAAAGAAAACACGCAUACGUCCUUGUCAUCGCUGUACCGUGAGACUUACCCGGAGCACCUCAAACAUUUGUAUUUGGCCGAGGCGGAGAAGCUCAAGAACGAGUCUUGGACAAACAGAGUGAAUCGGUCUAAACUGAGAAUGAAAGUACAAGACCGGGAGGAAAAGACGGGGACAGAGGAGAACGCUAGUCCCGAUCCAGAAGGUACAGGUGCACCUGAGGCAGAAGACAUUGAGAAGUCGCCAUCAGGAGCACAAAGCCUUCCACUAAGCAACCGCAUGAAGAAAAAACGAGAGAAGUUGUCGUCCUUCCAGCGGUCACAGGAGGAGUACGAGAGAGUCCAAGCCAAGCGGAGGAAAAAGAAAGAGGAGUUCCUGAUGCGCAAGCAGCAGCGAGAGGAGGCCAUUCGAAAGUACAAAGAGAAGAAGAGGGAGACAUUUCAGAUGCUGUGCAAAAAGACAAAGAAGGGCCAGCCCAACCUCAAUCUUCAAAUGGACUACUUGCUUCAGAAGAUCCAGAAAAACUCAGAAACAACAUCAAAAAACUGAACAGACUCACAUUUUGCUCCACAAAGUGAAUAUUUCUGUGCAUUUCUCCCACAAGAUGGCGUUGUAUAACAAGUGGACAAAAGCUUUUUGAAGUUAAUAAAUGUGAAACUGCUCCCUU